AUGAAUGAGCAAGAUAAUUUUUGCUCUUUUGUUAUUGGUGUCUUGUCUAGUGAAAAGGAAGAUGGUGCGAAAGUAGUAAGAGUGGAAAAUCUGGAGAACCCAUAUAAGCACCAAGAUAAUUUUGACAAGAGAUUCAAGUUAUCGUUGAACAAACUGUACGCAUGGAGCUUAGUGGAGUAUGACAGGGUGGUGAUGUUGGACGCAGACAACCUCUUCCUUCACAACACGGACGAGUUGUUUCAAUGUGGACAGUUCUGUGCGGUAUUCAUCAAUCCAUGUGUGUUCCACACUGGCCUCUUCGUCUUGCAGCCAUCAAUGGCGGUGUUCAAGGACAUGGUUCAUGAAUUACAGAAUGGGAGAGAAAAUCCUGAUGGUGCAGACCAGGGCUUCAUAGCUAGCUAUUUCCCAGAGUUGCUUGAUAAGCCAAUGUUUUAUCCACCUUCUAAUGGCACCAGGCUUGAUGGAACAUAUAGGCUUCCUUUAGGUUAUCAGAUGGAUGCUUCUUACUAUUAUCUUAAACUUCGAUGGAGCAUACCCUGUGGACCAAAUAGUGUGAUCACAUUCCCAGGUGCAAUAUGGUUGAAGCCAUGGUAUUGGUGGUCCUGGCCUGUCCUGCCAUUAGGCCUCCAGUGGCAUGAUAAACGUCGCGAAACUUUGGGGUAUGGUGCGGAGAUGGCUGUCAUACUUAUUCAAUCAACAAUAUAUUUGGGCAUAAUAGCAAUGACACGUUUUGCAAGGCCAAGUCUCACAAAGCUGUGCUAUAGGCGCUCUGACAAGAGCAUCAACUUGGUGCAGAACAUCCUUAAAUUUGUGGCGUUGUGGAGCAUCCUUGCGGCUUACACAACACCCUUCUUCAUUAUUCCUCACACAGUUCACCCAUUGUUGGGAUGGCCUCUCUACUUGCUCGGUGUCUUUGCGUUGUGCUCAGUUGCAAUCAAUGCCUUUCUGCUUCCAAUGUUACCAGUUUUGAUGCCUUGGCUUGGGAUUGUUGGUGCAUUGAUGGUCAUGGCUUUUCCUUGGUAUUCAGAUGGAGUAGUGAGAGCAUUGAGCGUUUUUGUUUAUGCAUUCUGUGCUGCACCAUUUGUGUGGGCAUCUAUGACUAGGAUAAUGGCAGGGCUUCAACAGUCUCUAGAUAGGGAAGCUUUUCUGCCAAGAAUAGGAGAGUCUUCGCCACCUUCUUGGUUUAACAAGUUAUAUUGA